AUGAUAACAUCAGGCCCAAGAGUUAGGGUGGAUGACUAUGUGCAGGGCACAAGUCAGAACUCGGGAAAUACCUACAUUGAUCGCCUUAUUUGUUUUAUUUCUAAACGCCCUUCCUUAGAAGAAAAACUUACCUUUGCAACUUCAGGGCAGGCAGGUGGAUGGCAAAGGAAAGAUACUCAUAUCACUAAUUAUUCACAAAUGUUGACUCAUCUCGAGAGAUAUUCCAAAUGGUCUUCUUGUCCUCAGUACUGGACACAACAAAUUAUGUUGGUUCAAGUUAACCCUGGGGAGACCCAUACCAUCAAGUCUGAUGAUGAGAAUAUUCAGAAUAUUCAAGGAUCAGCUGAUGUUCCUCUGAUGUCACCACCUGGUACUUUGCCAUCAAUCUAUCUCCCUCCUGGCUACAUGUCUCAGGUAGUAGAAGAAAAUGGGAUUCGCAAAAUUAUCAUUGUUCUCAGCAACUAUCACACAUCCAUGCCUGCACCUAUACAAGUAACACACUUUAUAACACCAUCCUCUCCUUUAUAUCCACAAGCCCCUCAGCUUAUGUAUCCCUCAGCUCAAGAGGAAUUUCCACCACCUACAUCCAAGAGUCUGUGCCAUAGCAGCUGUGGCCGCCACCACCACCGCCACCACUCUCGCCACUACCAGCAACGUGUAUAUACCAAGAACAUCAUGGAAUAUGUAAUUUGUGAAACCUAUUCCCAUGGAAUAGCAAAUUAUAACCAACUCAGUGAAAGAGCUGCUAAAAUGGGAGAACAUAUGAAGAAAAAAACUAGACAAGUUGGUGGACAAAAGAAUAGCUAUGUGGCUAACAACACUUCUUUGCUUGCGAACAAAACUAAUGAUUUUUUCAAUAUUUCUGGUACUCCAAGCACUGUUAACUAUGCUCCAAGCACCUACACUGUUGACAAUACUUUGAGCACCUACACUGUGAAAAAUACUUUGAACGCUUACACUGUGGACAAUACUUUGAACGCUUACACUGUGGACAAUACUCCAGGUACCUACACUGCAAGCAAUGUAAAUGUUUACACUGGCAGUACUCCCAGUACUUACACUGUUCACAGCCCUCCAAGCACUAACAUUGCUGACAAAACUCCCAGAAAUUCUUCCAUUGACCAUGUCCCUAGCAUUUCCAUCUCAGACACUACUCUGAGCCCUGCUACCUCUGAUGGCAUUCUGAACCCUUCUAGCACUAAUCAUACUCCCAAGACUGCCACCUCUGACAGAAAUCACAGAUCAUCUGAUAGUACUCCCAAACCAUCAAGUAUUGACAGUACUCCAAGCUCUUCUAUUUCUCACAGUGCUCCCAACACUUUCAUCUCUGAAAAUGCUCCCAGCACUUCUGACAUUGAUAAUGCUCUCAAUACUUCCAACACUGCCAGUGCUGAGAUUGAGACUAGACAUAGAAAGAAACAGAGUGCUAUAGGAGAUUAUCUUCACAGUGGUGAUGGAGUUACCUUUACCCUAGUUGAUCUACAAUCAUCCAUGGCCUGGUUUUUAAGAGUAACAACCAUAAGAGGCUCAGAACACACAACUGUGUUUGAAGUGGUUAGUUUCAUAACCCCAAGUUGCAAACCGGACCCUCCACUUGCACCCAGACUGAUUAACAGAUCCAAGAGCAGCCUGAAUUUACAGUGGAAAGGUUCCAAUGAUAAUCGUUCCAAAAUAAACAGUUUCCUUUUGGAAUGGGAUGAAGUAUACAGCAAAGGUGAAGACUUCAAAAGUUGCUAUAUGAGUAUCAUAAAACAGCACAAGAUCCUUGGACUGAGUGUUUCUACAAAAUACUCAUUCAGAUUAGCUGCCAAAAAUAACUCUGGCUUGAAUGAUUUCAGUUAAACAGCAGUCUUCCAUACAUCAGGAACUAUGCCUCCAACACCUCCGCCUCCUAAGCUAAAAGAAGCAAGAAUCCGUUAUUUGUCAUUAGACUGGUGUGCCCCAACAAACCCAAAUGACACCCCUACUUAUGUACUAGAAAUGGAGGAAGCAGUAUCUGGUUUAGAUUUUAAGCCGAAAUACAAUGGAGAAGACUUUUCAUGCACUAUAAGAAGUCUUCAGAGAAGUACUACAUACAAGGGUAAGAUCUUUGCCUGCAAUAUGGAAGGAAGAAGCAACUCCAGUGGAGAAGUAAAAUAUACUACCUGUCCAGAUAAAACUGGAUCCCCUAGAAAACCAUAUAUAAAGGGAAAGAUCCAUGCACACAGUGUAAAAAUGGGAUGGAAACCAUCCAAAGAUAAUGGUGGAACAUACAUUUCAAGUUACAGUUUAGAAGUUAGUGAAAAUUCAGAUGUGAAUCUCUGGAACAUAAUUUACAGUGGCAACAAAAGGGAAUUUCUAUAUAAUCACCUGCAACCUGGUACUGCAUAUAAACUGAGAGUCUUUUGUAACUCACUUAUAGUCCAGACAGCUCCUUCAGAUAUAUUGACUAUUCAAACACCUACUCUUUCUCCUGCAUCAUGCUGUCCUCCACCCUUGAAUGGUAAGACAAAAUCCAGAGAAACCAAUGUCCUAUGCAGUGAGGCUUCUUUGUAUGAUUUGUAUGACUAA